UGCAGCCCAGAGCUCUGGAGCUGUGGAAGGCAUUCUGGACCAGGAGAACAAGCGAAUGGCUGACAGCUUGGCCUCCAAGGUCACCAGGCUCAAGACGUUGGCCCUGGACAUUGAUAGGGAUGCAGAGGACCAGAACCGGUACCUGGAUGGCAUGGACUCAGAUUUCACAAGCAUGACCGGCCUGCUUACAGGGAGUGUGAAGCGCUUUUCCACAAUGGCGAGGUCUGGGCGAGACAACCGGAAGCUUCUCUGUGGUGUGGCCGUGGGCCUAGUUGUGGCUUUCUUCAUCCUCUCCUACUUCUUGUCCAGGACAAGGACAUGAGCCAGUGGAAGCUGGCUUCUGUGGAUGCCAAGGACGGCCAGGUUUUCCCUGCCUGGUGUCCUGGGCUCCAGAGGACUUCCAACAAGAGACUCUUGAAAUUACAGUCAUGGCUUAGGGAUCUUGUUCCUGUGCGGCAGCUGCAGCCGCCUCUGAUCCAGUGUGCGCAUGUUGGCUGGUCUCUUGUGUGGAAGGGAACCUUUCCCUUGGGGCCAGCCUCCCCCAACCCCACACGCUGGAAACACCAGCAGGGCUGGGGCCACAGCGUGUCAGGAGAAGCCAGGUUGCGCAGAGCAGCUUUUGCCUCCUGGAUGUGGCCACCCAUGACCGGCAGCCCUUGUCCCAGCUCUCGGGACGCUGAUACUUAAGGCCCCUCUGUUGAGUUCUUGUCUGGGACAGGCCAUGUCUGAUCCGAGGUGCCCGGAACCGACACAGGAACAGACCGUGAACCCCAAGUGAGUGCUGUCCCCUCCAACUGAGUGUCCUCAGCCUGGAGACGGCAGUUAUACUUGGCCAAGGUUGCUGAGUGUGGGCCGACCAGCGUGGGCCAAGAGUCCCUGCUGUGAGUCCUGUGUGCCUGCCCUCCAGUCCUGUGGCUGAAGCGAGGCCUUGGGGAAGACGGGCUGUGGCUGAAGGAGUGGACUGCAGGCCUAGCCUAGACACAGGGUCAGGGUCAUGUGGCCACGUGUUCAGGAGCGGAAACCUACGUUCUCAGGAUUCAGCAUCUACCCAGCACCAAAGAUGUAUUCCCAGACCUAGAGACAGACCGGUCUGGCAUUUCAGAGUUGGACGGCGUGUGCGUGGGGCGGUGGGGUUGGUGUGGGCUCAGACAGGGGGCUCCCGUGUGAGGGCUCUCUCCAUGGGACCCCGCAGGCUGCCUGCUGAGUAUUGUGGCCGUGCCGUUUGCCGGUGACUUCGGCCCCGCCACCAAGCCCUGCCCUUCGCCCUUGGCUGUGAGUGGGCUCCUCGUCCCCAGUGCCUGCAGCCUGCCCCGCUCCCACCUGUCCCUGGGUCCUUGCCGCCCACUGGGCCCGGCCCACAUUCACACCCGCGGAGCCACUGGGCGGGCCGGGUAGUGACCUCCUCCCGCCUUGGGUGCAGUCCUGGCCUCUUUUCUUGGCGUAAAAUCACCUUUAAACAAA